UAAUUGAAUACAACCCUCUAAGAAUCAAAGGGUGCGUUUACCAAUUGGAGCCAAACGGAGUCCAGCAAAUUCCCCGCCCAUCACAUCGGAGCCAAAUGGAGGUGAUGAUGGCGCUUCAGGUGAUUAGCAGCUGGUAGUGCUACUGGUGAUUAGCAGCUGAUUGGGUCCCAAUUCGGAGGGAUUGGGCUGCGUACGGUUUAGGAGGAAGAGCAGAUGAUACAGCGGGUCUCAUCCUCCUCGUUGUUGUAGUUUGGGUGGCGGCCCUGGUGGAUCAAGUGGUGGUGUGGUUGGGAUCUAUGGCCAUGGUGAUCUCUCCGGGCAGUGGGUGUGGGUGUUCUUUGAUUGUCAGUUGAUUGAAUUGAUUGGCGUUCCUUGAUCUCUAUUGGGUUGCAGGCCAAGUGUUUGCUUUUUGUCCCAAAAGAAAGAAAGAAAGAAAGAAAGAAAGAAAGAAAUAGAGAAAAUGGACAAGACCUCCAAAAAGAAGGGUAAUUUUAGAAAGGGCAAGGAUGAAAAGCUGAUUGUUGAAUCUGAUGGUUGGUGGUGGUUGAUCCACAGGGGAAUCACAGCUUCAUUCUUGUCCAUUGCAUUGUUUUCCUUGUUGGUUCGAGCCGCGGUCUCGCUGCAUCCUUACUCUGGUGCUGGAAAUCCUCCCAAGUUUGGGGACUUUGAAGCACAGAGGCAUUGGAUGGAGAUCACUAUCAAUCUCCCAAUCAACCAAUGGUAUCGAAACAGUACGGUCAAUGAUCUCGGAUACUGGGGUCUUGACUACCCUCCUCUCACUGCCUAUCAGAGUUAUGUUCAUGGCCUUUUCCUCAGACAUUUCAGUCCUGAGUCAGUUGCGCUUUUCGCUUCCCGUGGCCAUGAGUCCUAUUUGGGAAAACUACUCAUGAGGUGGACGGUGUUGUCUUCUGAUGCCUUGGUGUUCUUUCCUGCUGUUUUCUUUGUUCUUGUUUACUAUGCUGGUCAAAACCCAAGUCGCCGAAGGAGUGACAUAGCGUGGCAUAUCACCAUUAUUUUACUCAAUCCGUGUCUCAUCCUAAUUGAUCAUGGUCAUUUCCAGUAUAAUUGCAUCAGCUUGGGUCUGACUGUGGGAGCUAUUGCCUCUGUUCUUUCGGAUAAAGAUCUUGUAGCCUGUGUCCUAUACAGUCUUGCUCUAAACCACAAACAGAUGAGUGCGUAUUUUGCUCCUGCAUUUUUCAGUCAUCUCCUGGGUAAAUGCCUAAGGCGCCGGUAUCCUGUUCUAGAAGUGUUAAAACUUGGCCUUGUGGUCCUGGGAACGUUUGUUGUUGUAUGGUGGCCGUAUGUUCAUUCAACGGAAGCCUUUUUUGGGGUUCUCUCUCGUCUUGCUCCUUUUGAGAGAGGGAUAUUUGAGGAUUAUGUAGCUAACUUUUGGUGCACCACUUCGGUUCUUGUAAAAUGGAAGAGAUUAUUUCCGACACAGUCCCUGAAGCUUAUCAGCUUGGGUGCAACUGUUUCUACUUUCCUGCCUUCAAUGAUUCAGCAGAUAUGGGCUCCGAGCAAGCCGGGUUUCCUUUAUGGGUUGCUGAAUAGUGCUUUCUCGUUUUAUCUCUUCUCAUUCCAAGUGCACGAGAAGUCUAUUUUACUACCUCUCCUGCCAGCAAGUCUUUUGGCAAUGGAAGAACCAUUUCUUUUUACCUGGAUGACACUUUACGCCUUGUUCUCAAUGUUCCCUCUUCUACACCGUGACAAACUGGUUCUACCCUAUCUUGCACUAUCUGCUCUCUUUAUCCUUUUAAACCAUGUGCCGAAUGGAAGACGGACCACUAGGGACACAAGCGCCUUGAGAUCAUUUGUGAUCACAGUCUCUGUCUUGUGCUCAGUCGUUCUUCAUGUUGUUUAUCUAAGCCUGCAUCCCCCUGCCCGGUAUCCUUUCCUUUUUGAAGCUUUGAUAAUGCUCGUUUGCUUCUCCCAGUUCGUCAUUCUUACUGUUUACACCAAUGCAAAACAAUGGAUGUUGCUUAAACACUCCAACUUGGUAGAUAAAGAAAAGAAGCUCCUUUGAAACCUCUGUAUUUAGGUAGAUCAGGCAGCAAGUUUUGUGAAAGGACUUGAUAGAUUCCUUCAGUUCGACAUCGGGCCUCGACUCAACUUGAUUUGCACCAUCAGAUGCUCCCCGAGAUUGAAUUGUAUGACAUUGGUUCAUUUGGAUUCCGGCAAAAACAAACAGCUUCAGUGCUUCUUCUUGAAGAAUUCCAUGACCGGAAAUUUGUAUUCCGGCCAAAUUUCAACUUGCAUUUUUGUUUGUAAACGUGUAAUCUUUACAAAUUGGUUCAUUUGGAUUCCGGCCAAAACAAACAGCUUCAAAUAUACAUUACUCGUCUAACGUCCA